AAGAUCCGCUUCCAAUGGAGGCGCCACUGCAGCAUGCUCACCACCAUCACCCCUUCCUUAACCGAGUCUCAGAUCCUCCAACACUGCAAAAACGGCUAUCUUCCCCAAGCCCUAACCCUCUUCCAAGCCCAAGCCCAAGCCCAAGCCCUCAACCCCUCUCUCAAGCCCGUGUUCUACGCCUCCCUCCUCCAAACCUGCACCAAAACCUCUUCCUUCUCCCACGGCACCCAACUCCACUCCCACGUCAUCAAAUCCGGUCUCCUCGCCGACCGCUUCGUCGGCAAUAGUUUACUCUCCCUCUACUUCAAACUGGGCCCCCAUUUCCCCCAGGCCCGUUCCCUCUUCGAUGGGCUUUCUGUUAAAGACGUUAUCGCUUGGACUUCUAUCAUCUCUGGCUAUGUCCAAGUGGGCCAGCCCAACGACGCCCUCCAACUCUUCUCCCAAAUGCUGGGUCUCGGCAUCCAGCCCAACGCCUUCACCCUCUCUUCCCUCGUCAAAGCCUGCUCCGACCUUGGCAACUCCAAACUCGGGAAAUGCCUCCACGGCGUCGUAUUGACCCGCGGCUUCCACUCCAACAAUGUCAUCUCCAGCGCGUUGAUUGACAUGUAUGGGAGAAAUCGCGUGGUGGACGACGCCAAGAAGGUGUUCGAUGAAUUGCCCGAACUGGACGCGGUGUGUUGGACUACGGUUAUUUCCACGUUAACGAGGAACGAUAGGUUUAAGGAAGCUGUGGGGUUGUUUUAUUCUAUGCAUAGCGGAGGUUUUGGAUUGGUGCCCGAUGGGUUCACGUUUGGGACGUUGUUGGCUGCUUGUGGUAACUUGGGGUGGUUGAGGCUGGGAAAAGAGGUGCAUGGGAAGGUUGUUACGUUGGGGAUGUGUGGGAAUGUGGUUGUUGAGAGUAGUUUGUUGGAUAUGUAUGGGAAAUGUGGCGCCAUUCGGUGUUCGAGGGUUGUGUUUGAUGGGUUAAGGGAGAAGAAUUCGGUGUCUUGGAGUGCUAUGCUUGGUGCUUAUUGUCAGAAUGGGAAGUGUGAGAAUGUGCUUGAGCUUGUUAGGGAGAGGGGGGUUGCUGAGAUUUAUAGUUUUGGAACUAUUAUUCGUGCGUGUUCAGGGCUGGCCGCGGUGAGGCAAGGGAAGGAAGUGCAUUGUCAGUAUGUGAGGAAGGGUGGUUGGAGGGAUGUUAUAGUGGAGUCAGCAUUGGUUGAUCUGUAUGCGAAAUGUGGGUGUGUUGGUUUCGCUCACAGGGUGUUUUUCAGUAUGGAGGUUAGGAAUUUGAUCACUUGGAAUGCGAUGAUUGGAGGGUUUGCACAGAAUGGGAGAGGGAGAGAGGCGUUGGAAUUGUUUGAGGAUAUGGUUAAGGAGGGGAUGAGGCCAGACCAUAUCACUUUUGUCACUGUUCUUUUUGCUUGUAGUCACACGGGGUUGGUUGAUCAAGGGAGGAAGUAUUUUGCUUUGAUGAUGGAGGAGUAUGGGAUUAAGCCUGGGGUGGUGCAUUACACUUGCAUGAUUGAUCUUCUAGGCCGUGCUGAGCUAAUUGAGGAGGCUGAAAGUUUGUUGGAGAGUGCGGAUUGCAGAUAUGAUCAUUCAAUUUGGGCGGUUCUUCUUGGAGCAUGCACCAACUGUUCUGACUAUGUCACCGCAGAGCGUGUUGCAAAAAAGAUGAUUGAGCUAGAACCAGAUUUCCAUUUGAGUUAUGUUCUGCUUGGUAACAUUUACAGAGCUGCUGGCCGAUGGAAUGAUGCGCUGGAGAUCAGGAAGUUGAUGGAAGAUAGAGGGGUUAAGAAGAUGCCUGGAAAGAGCUGGAAUGAAAGUGAGACGCAAAAGGGUUCUCAUUUUGAUUUGGCCCAUAUGAGUAAUUUUGGGAUGAGAGGUGUUUUGAGCGUGGGGAAGGCGGUGUGA